AGAGAAGGGGGGCAGAGGGAGAGAGAAGAGACCGAGAGAGAGAGAGGAGAGGAGAGGGGGAGAGAGAGAGAGCAGAGACUCCCCGGCUCCCUCCCACCCUCGCACACAGCGACUGGAGACGGACGGAGAGCAACGCGCUGGGAGAGGAGAGACCACCGAGAACAGCCCCGCGCUCUCACACAUACACUCACACUCGGCUCUUUCCUCUCCCCCCACCUCCUCCUCCUUCCACCCCCUCCACUAACACCAUCUCCUCCUCCUUCUCUCUGCAACAAGAAAAAAAAAAGCCAUUUACAGUUGUAACAGUUGGAGGAUAAUGCAAAGGAAGACGCUGCCUGGGAAUUCACCGUCUGUGGAAAUGCGCCCCAGAGAGGAAUAAAGCAGUCCUCACCUUGCUCUCCCCACCCGGACCCACUUUCCCCUCCCGCCUCGGCCCCCACCCCGGCACCACCAUCACCCCCUUCCCUCCCCCCCACCUUCCCCCCUUUCCCACCCAGGUGUCGGACCAGACGGUCCCCACUUCCACCCUGCACCCCUUCUUCCCCCCCUGUACCAUGAACACCAAUGUCUGCGUGGAGCCCGGGCCGAGCCCGGAGGCCCCGGGCUUGCCCAAGGAAAGCCACCUGCCCGAGGGGGCCCUGAACAGCCUUGUGGAUUACAACUCGGAGAUGGAGCGCUACCGCUCCUUUGCCACCUCCUUCUACAAGACCAACGGGGGCGCCUUCCCGCAGGCGGCCAAGAUCGCGCGCAUCACCACCCCCAUCUUCCCCAGCAGCGCCGCCGCCGCCGCGGCCGCCGCGCGCAUCGGCAUGUCCCCCUGGAACUGCGACAACGCGGCCACCGCCGCCGCCGCCACCGCCAUGCUCUGGGGCAGCGGCGGGGGCGGGGGCGGCGGCGGCGGAGGCGGGGGCGGCGGCGGCGGCGGCGGGGGCGGCGGGGGCAGCAGGAAAUCCUCCUCCGCCGCCGCCUCCUCCUCCGCCUCCUCCUCGGCGAUCCUCCCCGCCGGCGGUGGCGGUGGUGGCGGUGGCGGCGGCGGCGGCGGCGGCGGUGGCGGCGGCAGCAGGACCAGCAUGCACCACCGAAACGACUCCCAGAGGCUGGGGAAAGCUGGCUGCCCGCCAGAGCCGUCGUUGCAAAUGGCAAAUACUAAUUUCCUCUCCACCUUAUCCCCCGAACACUGCAGACCUUUGGCGGGGGAAUGCAUGAACAAGCUCAAAUGCGGCGCUGCUGAAGCAGAGAUAAUGAAUCUCCCCGAGCGCGUGGGGACUUUUUCCGCUAUCCCGGCUUUAGGGGGCAUCUCAUUACCUCCAGGGGUCAUCGUCAUGACAGCCCUUCACUCCCCCGCAGCAGCCUCAGCAGCCGUCACAGACAGUGCGUUUCAAAUUGCCAAUCUGGCAGACUGCCCGCAGAAUCAUUCCUCCUCCUCCUCGUCCUCCUCGGGGGGAGCUGGCGGAGCCAACCCGGCCAAGAAGAAGAGGAAAAGGUGUGGGGUCUGCGUGCCCUGCAAGAGGCUCAUCAACUGUGGCGUCUGCAGCAGUUGCAGGAACCGCAAAACGGGACACCAGAUCUGCAAAUUUAGAAAAUGUGAAGAGCUAAAGAAAAAACCUGGCACUUCGCUAGAGAGAACACCUGUUCCCAGCGCUGAAGCAUUCCGAUGGUUCUUUUAAAACAGUAGUAUAUCUUAUUUUCAAGGCAUUUGGAAGUGAAAGGCAAACUAAAUGUCUUGUUUUAAGAAACUGCUUAGUCCACCACUGAAGAAAAUAUCCAGAUAUUAUUUUCAUUUUAUGUAUAGGGGUUUCUUCAAAAAAAAAAAAAGGAAAAGAAAAGAAAAAAGACAUAUAAAAAUAAUCUGGGAGCUUGGGGAAUUGGCCAGUCUAUUUACUUUCAAUACCCUGAUUCUUUCUUUGAUGUAAUUUAGCUAUCCUAGUGAAGUUGUUGUCUAUUUUGAAAGUGGCUGUAAAAAAUAAGUUUGGGUAAACCCCUGCUGUAAAAUCAUGUAUCUUUGCAAAGUACAUAUCUAUACUUCAUUUUCAAAUAUAUGUGUUUCAGUACUGUAAACUGUACAGAUAGCAGCUUGUAUUUUGUGUGUUUAGACACAAGGAGACAAUCAUCUCUGAGCAUCUAUGGAGAUUAACAGUUUGUACACAACAGUCUGGUUCUGCGAGUUAAAUCUGGAGCAAUAAAUUUUAGCUUUAAAUAUUUUUUGCCAGUUGUUUCUAGGAGCAGCAACAGCAGUGGCAUGUUUUACCAUGCAUCUUUCCGUAGAGACUUGAUGCCGAGUUUUAUAAGACUAAAAGAUGAUGAUGCAUCCAGCAAUUACCUUCAGUUGUAUUGUUCUAAGAGGGGAAGAUGUUAGGAAAGUCUCAAUUAAUCUUUUGAGCACUAUAUUAGAGUAGUGGUUAUGCACUUGCAUUGCUUACAAACGAGCUGUACAGAAAGGUAUACCUCCCAAAUCCUUAGUGUAGUUGACUUGUCUCGGGUGACACUGUAAGGGGGAGUACUCAGAGUAGUUGGAACAUGCAGAAUCAGUUGUAUAAUUUUUUUUUCUUUAAACAGUGUUUUCUAGGAUACAGGAUGAAGUAUCAUAUCUUAGGGGAGAAAUUUAUGACUGACUUUUUUUUUUCCCCCCAGUCCAACAUGGGUUGUAUGUAUGUUUUUGUUUGUCUAUUUUUUGCUCUUUUUCUUUUUUUGGUAGAAAAAAAUAAACACUUAAUAAAAUGUAUCCAAAUGUUUAAAUUCCAUGUAUGAUAUUAAAAGGGUAGUUUUGUUUUAAAAUUUGAAUACAUAAAGGCCUCCAGCAUGAGGCAUGGCUAGGUACAUUUUUAAAUUCAAAAGAAUGAAAUAUGUUCAUGAAAGUGAGGCUUUUAAAUCUCUUUUUAUCUUCCUUUCUCACAGCCUCCUGGUUGCAGCGGUGGCCUUCCCCUAGGCCCUCAGUGGAACGUGCCGUUGCUUCCAUUCCCAUUUUUGUCACUGGAUGCUUUCAUUCCUGAGAAGGCAGGACCACAGUCUGUGGAAUUCCAUAAAUGCAAACAGCCCCCAAACAAAAGGAGCUAAUGCUUCAUAGGACCCAUGCUACCUUUUCAGGUAGUGUUUGGUUUUCUUCUGGCAGUCAGGGUUCUUAAGGCUGUCCCAUUAGGACAAAUGUUUGUGAUGACAUGAUCCUUAAGAGUUUUCUCUCUUUCUUUUUUUUUUUUUUUUUCUGCCAGAUUAGAAAGGCUAUUUUCAGCUUCAGGAAUAAAACAGAGGUUAGCCAAAACACAUAGAGUAUCCAAGUUGCCACGUUACUGUAACUUUUGUCCUCUAGUCACUAGCUAGCUAUUGUAGCCUGUGACAUCCAUAAGCCUGCUGAAAAGUUAGCAACGUGGACCACGUGAAGAAAAAUAACCUGAGAAGAGAAAGGGUGAUGAAAAGGACUGUAAAGUUUUAGAAAGACUAACAGAUGAAUAAUUUUAAAAGGCUAGUUGUAGUUUUGAAUGGGAAAUAAUACGGACAGAGGAGAUUUUUUUUUAAACGCAGAAAGAGCACUUCAUCCUUGGGUGUGGAGAAGGCACUUAACAAACGCCAGUGUGAAGAACAAUGUGACUUAACUUGCCUAGGGUCUGAAUGCAAGGUCUACAGUUACUGUCAAGUAGCCUUCUUGAAGAAAAUUCAUUAUGUAUUACACUUAUCCAUGUUUAGAGAAGAGAAUUAUAUGAUCACAAAUUAAAACGUGCUGUAUAUUAAUUUUGAGAUAGCUUUCUACUUGAUGUAUAUUCCUUUGAAGGUUCUGGUUGGAAUUUCUCUUUCUGCUGUGGGACCAAUGAGAGCUGUAUGAGUUCUUUCUUGUUCCAUUUUUUAUUUUAUUUGACUUUUUUUUUUUAAACCAAUUUGCUAAUGAAUUACAAGUAAGUGAAAACUUACUUUCACACUUGAAUGGUAAGGUUGCCUGGCUUUUUGGAAAAUGAUGAUUGUUAUUACAGAAUUGAAACAAACUUUUAUUCAGGCUGCAUUAGGCAUACGGUAACAUAUAAAGAUCUCAUAGCAAUGUACUGUGAGUC